AUGUGUCGUGUAGGCCGAAGAUCCAGUUCUCCUCUUUCCAACUGCAGUACGAAGAAAUCAGUUGCAGCCCUUACGGCUCGGCAGUAUCGUGAGACUAAGAAAAUGGAAUUUGAGCGGUUGAAAUCACAACUGGAGAUGUUUAAGGACGCCUACUAUCACUACAAACAGUUGUAUGAGAAGUCGCAGCUGGAACUAAAGGCAUUAACUGAAAGAUGUUUUAUGCUGGAACAGAGGUCCCUCCGCAAUUCAUUUCCGAUGCCUUCCGAUCCCACAUUUUGUUGUGGUCCAAUUUGUUUGUCUCCUUCAGAGUCAUGUGACCUUAGUCUUGCAUUCGAUUCCGAUCUAACCUACGAAAGUUGGGAAGAUCCGGUACUGGCUAGCCUCCACUAG